GAGGUACGGAUACUGAAGCUUGGACUAAAGAGUGCAUCAUACUCGAAGAAUAGAAGGAUUAUGAUAGAAUCGACAAGAAAUUGAACAGAUUUUUAUCAUAUUUCUGUUAACUUUCGGCUUUGCCAAUAAUUAUUCGGCUGUGUGGCAGUUAUGUAUUCGUGCGUAAUUGUAGUGGCAUGAUGCCUUGUUCAGAUUCACAAAAUCAUUAGCCUACUAUCGCACCUCUUGGCUCAUAUUGAUGGACAAGCGGAGGCCUUGCUGCUCUCAAGUUUGCAUUCUUGCUUGUGAAAUGUAUUCACUUUGUUAAGUUAUUUGUUCGUUUUCGUUUUUUGAUACCAUUUUUUAUAGCCAAGUUUUGUUCUGUCCAUGCAAGAGGAAUGCAAUAAUAUUUGAGCUCAAGGGAUAUGAUGAUGCUAGCUCACUGUUGAGAGAUUCGUCUGGAUGAGCUGCAUGCUCUGGAUUGUAGGAGUGGACUAGAGCAGGGCAUUCUCUAAAUCAACAAAGCGACCAAGGAGACAGACACAUCGCUUUGGUUUGGGACAAAAAAGAAAGACAUUCACUUGGAAUAGCUGGAAUUAUCCAAAUAUGGUUCACUGUGCCGGCUGCGAAAGACCUAUUCUGGACAGGUUUCUACUCAAUGUUCUGGACAGACCAUGGCACAUCAAGUGCGUACAGUGCUGUGACUGUAAAUGCAAUUUGACAGAAAAAUGUUUUUCACGGGAAGGGAGACUGUACUGCAAAAACGACUUUUUUAGGAGAUUUGGCACAAAGUGUGGAGGUUGCGCCCAGGGAAUCUCGCCCAACGAUUUGGUUCGAAGAGCAAAGAGCAAAGUGUUUCACCUGAACUGUUUCACGUGCAUGAUGUGUAACAAACAGCUAUCCACUGGAGAGGAAAUGUACAUUUUAGAUGAAUUUAAGUUUGUUUGUAAAGAGGACUACCUAAGCAACAGCAACGGAAAGGACACAACCCUCCUCUCAGUCACGACCUGCAGUGACCCAAGUCUAUCUCCAGAUUCCCAAGACCCCCAGGAUGAUGGUAAAGAUUCGGAAAUCGGGCCUUUAUCCGAUAAAGAGGUGGGUAGCAAUGAAAACGAUGAGCAGAACGUAGGGGGGAAACGACGUGGGCCUCGAACCACUAUAAAAGCCAAGCAACUUGAGGUCCUCAAAGCUGCUUUCACGGCCACGCCAAAACCCACAAGACACAUUCGAGAACAGCUGGCGCAGGAGACAGGUCUCAACAUGAGAGUGAUCCAGGUUUGGUUCCAAAAUCGUCGGUCUAAAGAGCGGCGCAUGAAGCAGCUGAGUGCACUGGGGGCGAGAAGGCACUCGUUCUUCCGCAGUCCAAGGAGAAUGAGAACUCUGGUGGACCGACUCGAACCCGGGGAGCUGAUCCCCAACGGUCAUUUCUCAUACUAUGGUGAUUAUCAGAGUGAAUACUAUGGACCUGGAGGGAAUUUUGAGUACUACACCCAAGGCCCCCCCUUGUUGCAGGCCCAGACUCCAGUGGACCUAGGCUUCUCCUCUGGCCCCGCUGGCACCCCUUUAGGGGGCAUGGACCAUCACCUGGCUGGGCACCACCCAUCUGGUGAGGUGCAGUGCUUCACUGACAUCAUAUCUCACCAUCCAGUGGACUCGCCUAGCCCAGAGCCCAAUGGACCCGGGUCAAUGCACAGCAUCUCCAGUGAGAUGUGUGGUGUCAGCACCCCCUUCACCUCACUGUCCAUCAACGGCAGUGGAUACAGCAACCAACUGUCACACUCCUCCUCAGAGAUGAGCGAAGGCACUGUCUGGUAGCCCACAGGACAUUAUAUGAAGCCAAGGCUAACUAUUGACUUACGAGGCAACUGAAGUCCUGAGCGAGUAUCCCUUUUAAUUUAUAUUAUUUAUUUAUUUGUCAAUUAAUUUAUAUAUAAUAAUAUAUACACAUUUCAUGUAUUAUUUGUCUCUAACUACCUUUACUGCUGUUUUGAUUGUUGCAGUAGUAUUUAAAGAUUCACACAGUAACAGUGCAGACUCCAAAGCAGUCAUAUAAUGGUGAAUACUGUAUAAGCGUUCAGCAUAACUUAUGCUUUUAGAGGGUCUACCAUAUCAGAUAAAAAUGAUUUUUUACCUAAAGCUUUUAUGAUGGCUUUGGUAGUCAUGCUUAUUUCUCAAUUUGUUUUUGUUUCUCUGCAUAUUUCUGUGUUUUGCCAAAUCCUAGAGUUUGCCUUCAAAAGGAACACUUUAAAAAGUUGUAUAAUCUUUUAUUUAAUUGAAAAUAACUUGAAUUUGAAGAUGAAGUCAACCUUCUAAAAAUCUAUGGACAAUGGUUUGAGGUGGACAUACAGUAGAACAGUCAACUGUUUACGUAUAUAUUUACAGUACUUCAGGGGUUUGAAUAUGAGCAUUGUUUGAAACCUCUUGAUUCAGAUGUGAACAUCGUUCAAGCAACAAACCAAACUUUUGUAUUUAUUCUAUUUAUAUCAUGGUCAUGGUUCCUCACUGUGCUAGUUUGUAUUAUUGUGUUUACUUUGAAGAACAUUUAAAAACACAAAUAGACAGUCGCCAAAUAAGGAUAAAAGCACAAUUCGUUAGUGCUUUGCAUCAUCAAUUGCUGAACAUACUACAAGAAACAUAGUAGCAUUUUUAACAGAAUGUGUUAAAUUAUAGUUAAUUAUAUAAUGAGGCUGUCUAUUGUGUCCGAAAGGCUUUAUUUUGUGUCUUUACAUGAAAGUCCAAAUGAUUAAACAUUGAUGGUCAAAUAUGCUACCA